AUGGCAGGCGUCACGGCUUGGGACCGUCUCAUCCGAUACGUCUCGGCGAAGGAUGGCAAAAUACAUUGGGGAGAGCCCAUCGUCUCCGAAGCGAAGCCCGAUAUCGACGCUCUUGCCCAGGGUGGAAGUUUGAAGGUGAAGGUCUUGGAUGGAGCCAGCUUUGUUGAGGCAAAGCAGACCGGUGAGGAGGAUCAGGUGAAGCAGCUUCUAGGUCCUCUCACCCCGAAGGAUGUCCCGAUGGUUCGCUGUAUCGGCCUCAACUAUAAGACACACAGUAAGCCAUUCCUUUCAAAUCUACAUUCGCCACAACAGACUGAUUGAGAGGUAAUAGUUCUCGAGACGGGUUUCGACCUCCCAGCAAACCCCACCCUCUUCAUCAAGUCCAAUCGAACCAUCGCCGACACCCGCUCUCCUGUUCCAAUCCCCAAGCUCGGCCAGCCAAUGCUCGACUACGAAGGCGAACUCACCAUCGUCAUCGGCAGAGACGCCAAAAACGUCUCGGAAGCAGAUGCCCUCGACUACAUAGCAGGCUAUGUCUCCGGGAACGACGUUUCCUGCCGCGACUGGCAAAUGGAAAAGGACAAAGCCGGAAUGAUGCCCCAAUGGUGCUUUUCCAAAUCCUUUGAUAAGUAUGCCCCGCUUGGACCCGCGAUUGUGAGCUCCAAGGUACUGGGGGAUGCGAAGGGGCUUCGGCUGAGGACUUUUGUGAAUGGAGAGGAGAGGCAGAAUUCUGACACUUCUGAUCUGUGCUUUGGGGUGAGGCAGUUGGUUAGCUUUCUGAGUCAGGGACAGACAUUGGAGGCGGGAUCUUUGAUCAUGACCGGCACUCCCGGCGGCGUGGGAAUCGGAAUGAAGCCGCAGAAGUUUUUGAAGGAUGGAGAUGAGGUUGCGGUUGACAUUGAAGGGAUUGGCAAGGUUGUCAAUGUCAUGAAGUUUGAGUAG